AUGCCUCACAAGUUACACCACUCGGUGAAGACAAAUUGUGCCAAAUGUCAAUCCGAAGAAAAUGAAACAUUGCAAGCCAGUCAUCAAUGCGUGGAAUGUUCAUGUAAACUCUGUCAUGAUCACGCCUCUCUUCAUCAAAAGUAUCAAAAGUUCAAAUCACAUCAAGUCAAGUUAUUGGGCUUUUCUGAAGUUCCCUUUAGUGGUAAAUUUGAAUUUUGUGGUUUGUUGGGUUUAGAUUCGGACAUUGAAAAACCCUUGUCAUUUGUUCAUGUCAGUGGUCUCCACAUCUCCAGAAAACACAAACUCCUUUUUGUGGUGGAUUCCAAAGCUGAUAAAAUCUACUCCUUUGAAUUGAGCAAGACUGGUGCCGACUUGUCAAAUUCCUUCAAACUCAAAAAUUGUAUUCAACUUAAUUUCUCACCAUGUGCCGUCUGUGUCGAUGAUAGUGAUGAUACCCUCAUCAUUACGAGUGAGGAAUUAGGAAUGGUCACCAAAAUGAGCAUGGACGGUCAAGAACGAAUUUGGAAAUUUGGAAAGGAACGUCAACGCAUGGGAAGAUUUGAUGAGGAAGAUGUCGCAGAACCCUCUAGUGUUGUGAUGGAUCCACAGAGUGGAAUUGUUUAUGUGGCAAGUAGUGCACAACAUCGAAUUGUCAAGUUGUCAAACAAGGAUGGAUCAUUAUUGGGAGAAAUUGGUAAUAUCCAGCAGGCAGGGAUUUAG